CCGGCUUUGCACAUCCGAUAUCAAUAUGAAUGAACUAUCUAUAUACACAUGUAUACAUACAAGUACAAGCACACACAUAUAUUGUAUAUAUAUACACGCAGAAUGCACUUGGUUGACAUGUCGUUCAAAAAAAGCCUGACGUAUGAUCUUUGGAUAACAAUUUAAUACCGUCAAAAACGGAACGAUCUGCUGUGCUUAAUUCAGUAAGCAUAUACACUGAUGACGCUGGCGAGUCGAUUUUCAUAUCGGGAGCAGAUGCAUGAUCGCCGAAGUAUCGCAAGGUGAACACCAGUAAACGUGUACCUAUAGCUGUGUACUCGACAGAUCUUCACUACAUGAGGGCAUACCUGGAAAAAAAUGCAAUCUUCCGACUUGAAUUAUUCCUCUUUCUGUUCAACACGACAGGUCUGAGGUCUUUCCGGCCUGACUCUACGGUACACAGCUCGGUAUAAUACAGGUUCCCUAUGGCGAUUUUCAACUUCCCGCCCACCGUGACCUCGAGUGACCACGGUCUGACCGCUGUGUGUAACAAACACAUACAUACGGGUUACCGCCGAUCGUAUCAACCAUGGUCAUAUUAUGUUUUAAGUGUCUUUCAGGCCAACAAUCAAACUCUGAACAUUUGGACUCAUCUCAUUGGCUUUCUAUUUAUAGCCGAAAAGGCACGUGUGAUGUCUCUAACAUUUGAUUUUAUUUAUGAUCCCGAAUCUCGAUCUUUAGGUGCAGGAUUAAUUAGCAUAUUCAUACUUCUGAUUGGCAGUUCUUGCGCGCAUUUGUUUUGCGACCGAUCCUAUUGUGUGCACUACGCCUGCUUCUUCGUGGAUUAUAGCUGUGUUGGAAUAUAUGCAAUGGGUACCACCCAUAUUAGUCACAGCUUUCUGGUUAGGGAUAAACAGUUGGCGACAUUUCUCACAAAAUGGUCAAGUCCAGUUUCAGUUUAUUUAUCUAUACAACUAACCGUAGCGUUUUGUUGGACCAAGUUCCACCUUGGAAUGGAACAUAAAGCAACGAAAAUCGUUCAACUAGCGACUGUAAGUUUGUUCUACUUAUGGCUUCUUGUGCCUCUACUUCAUCGCUGUAUUUGGACAUCGUAUCUGGAUAAUGACGAAACGUUACAUUUCCAUAAAUGGCAUGUUCUGUUUGCCUUUCUCAACGCAUUAGUAUAUAUCGCCCACUUCCCUGAACGCUGCUUCCCAAGAACGUUUGACAUUGUCGGUAAUUCACAUCAGUUACACCAUAUGCUUCUUGUUGCAACUGCCAACAGUUUUAUCAACGCGACGCUUGAAGAAAUAAAGAACACGAAUCCGGCCAACAAAAAGUUGACAAAUUACACAGUUGAGUAUCUUGGGACAAUAUGGAUGUCAUACGGACUUUUGUUCCUCACUUUUAUAACCAAUGGUAUGAUCAUCGUCGGUGCCAGCUUCAAGGUCAAGUUCGAAGAAAGCAAAUCUAGUCGGGCACUUACUCCACCCCCAGCCAACGAGAUCAAACACCGAGAUAUAAAACACGUUUGAUAAUAUUGUGUGUUAAUCUUGGAAAAUCUGCGCUAAAGUCAAAACUCUAUGUGAAAGCCAUGCACGUGUAACGAAUAUCGAUUUGUCUGCAUUAAUAAUUUGCCAAACACUGAAAUUGCACACUCGGUGAUUCGCUGAUAAUGAAGCCAAUUUCGGUGUGCGAUGGUUUCUGUCAUCGUCGGUAUCCCACUGUUCUGACGCUCACAGAAAGACACCUUGGGACGAUUGGUACACUUUUCGCCGUUUCCGAAAAAUAUUUCUUCGGGAAAUUAGACCAAUCAGAAGACCGCUUUUUGGGGGAUUUUGUGUUCGACACAGUAACAGUGGCCACAAUGGAUUAACUUUUGGUAGUGAAAGAACAGUUUCAAAUACAUAAUUGCAAAGACUUUCAAAAACCAAACAUCAACGUUAUUAUUGAUAAUAAAUAUGUAUGUUUGUCCGUUAAAGUCAUUGACCAUUAUAUUACAUAUAUUGGUGGCGACUCCCAUGACGGGGAUCCCAAAAAUGUUUCACACAAAAGAGUUCCGAAGUAUGGUGGUAUUUGAUUGGUUGCUAUUUUUAGAACCAAAAAGAGAUUUUCUGUACCAAUCGUCCCACGGUCUCUGUCCGUGAACGUCAGUGGGUUACUGAUGACGUGUUUCCAUCAGAAAGAUGGCGUCUUCAGGAAAAGGGCGGCAAAGCAGCGAAGUGAUGUACUAUAGACCACAGGGGCUCGGUUUCGGGUUUUUGAGUAACAUAUGACAUCAGUAAACAACCACAACACUAUAAAUUAAGUAUUCGUAUACAUUCUAAAACCUUAUAAAAAAUCGGGGUUAUCGAUGUAUAAAAAACGAUAACCCCGAUUGUUUAUAAGGUUUUAGAAUGUAUACGAAUACUUAAUUUAUAGUAUUGUGGUUGUUUACGGAUGUCAUAUGUUACUCAAAAACCCGAAACCGAGCCCCUGUGCUAUAGACAUGCAUUUUUAAUGUAAACACUAACAAAAUAAACAGUUAUGUUU